GCUACGUGUGGGAAGAUAAACAAUAACGAAAUUUUUCGCGUUAUGGCUUGUAUCAGGAAAUCCAGUUUCGGAUUUUUGUUAUUAUUAUUGGUUUUGUUUCUACUUCAAACUUUAAUAACAUGUAAGAAAACUUCGUCUGUGAGCUUAGUAGAAAAUAUAGUUGAUUACAAGGAAUUAAAGAGACUCUGUAAGACAAGGACCAAUGUUUUAAUAUUAUAUACACAAGGAAUGGAUCAAAACGUUGAGCUUAUUAAUGUAUUUAACAAAGUUGCUGAAGUAAUUAAAGGACAGGCAUCACUGGCUUUAAUAGAUUGUGCUGGUGGCGGAAAGAAAUUGUGCAGAAAACUUAAAAUUUCUCCUGAGACUUUCUUUCUAAAGCACUACAAAGAUGGCCAAUUUCAUAAAGACUAUGACAGACAACUUACUGUGCAGUCUAUGGUAAAUUUUCUGAAAGACCCUACAGGUGAUCGGCCUUGGGAGGAAGAGGAAUCAGCAAAAGAUAUCUUUCACGUACCAGAUCCUGAUGUUUUAGGAAGAUUACUUAGUAAAGAAAAUGUGCCAAUCAUGAUGAUGUUCUAUGCUCCUUGGUGUGGAUUUUGCAAGAGAAUAAAACCAGAAUAUGCAGCUGUUGCAACAGAAUUAAAAAAUAAAGCUAUAAUGGCUGCCAUGGAUUUACAUAAGCCUGAAAAUGCAGCUGUAAGACAGCAUUUCAAUAUUACUGGAUUUCCCACUCUUUUAUAUUUUGAAAACGGUCGAAUAAAACAUAAAUAUGAUGGUGAGAAUAGCAGAGAAGGUUUACUUAAUUUCAUGAGAAACCCUGGAAAGCAACCUGAAAAACCAAAAGAGGAAGAAUGGUCUGAUACUCCUAGUGAGGUCUACCAUUUGACUGAUGAGAAUUUUAGCACAACAAUAGAAUCUGAACCAUCUGUACUUGUUAUGUUUUAUGCACCCUGGUGUGGGCACUGUAAAAAGAUGAAGCCGGAAUUUGAAUCUGCUGCCCAACAAAUGAAAGAACAAGAUAUUCCUGGAGUUUUAGCAGCAGUGGAUGCAAUUAAAGCAAAAACAAUUGCAGAUCGGUUUAAAAUAACGGGUUAUCCCACAUUGAAAUAUUUUAAGAGAGGUGAAUUUCAGUUUGAUGUGAACUUUAGAACAGCUGAUAAAAUUGUAGAAUUUAUGAAUGAUCCAAAAGAACCCCCACCUCCUCCUCCUCCUGAAGUUCCAUGGAGUGAAGAGCCAAGUCAUGUUGUUCAUUUGAAGGAAGACGAUUUCAAACCAUUUCUGAAGAGAAAGAAGCAUGUUUUAGUCAUGUUUUAUGCUCCUUGGUGUGGUCACUGCAAGAAAGCCAAACCUGAAUUUACAGCUGCAGCAGAAUUUUUCAAAGAUGAGCCAAAGGUUGAAUUUGCUGCUGUAGAUUGUACAUCAUUCAGCAGUAUUUGUAGUGCUCAUAACGUUAAAGGAUAUCCAACUUUGAAGUAUUUUAAUUAUUAUAAAGUUGACAAGCUUUAUGAAGGAUCUCGCUCAGAAAAAGAUUUUAUUGAUUACAUGCUGGCUGCUGUUGAUAGUAUUCCUCCUCUUAAUUCUGAAAGCCCUGAAGAUCCUGAAACGUUUUGGUCUGAAGUGCCCAAUGGUCAUCUUGUAAAUUAUUUGAAAGACAGCACAUUUCAUCAAAUUAUGCAGUCAAAGAAAUCGGCCCUUGUAAUGUUUUAUGCUCCUUGGAGUGGACAUUGCAAAGCAUUGCGUAGAGUUUUAGCUGAGGUUGCUGCAAAGGUUAAGGAGCAAAAGAUUGAUUGCUUUAUAGCUGCAGUAGAUGGAACUGUUGAAACUUCUCUCCAAGCUGAAUUUUCAAUCAGAGCUUAUACUACUUUGAAAUAUUUUAAAAAUGGAAAAGUACAAUUUGAUGUAGAGGAUAGGACAGUUGAUAAACUGCUGGAAUUUGUAAAAGAUCCUAAGGAACCUCCUCCUCGAGAAAUUCCAUGGAGUGACGAGCCAAGUAAUGUGGUCCAUCUUAAAGAAGAAGAUUUCAAGCCAACUUUGAAAUCUACAAGACAUGUGCUUGUCAUGUUUUAUGCUCCUUGGUGUGGUCAUUGUAAGAGAGCCAAACCUGAAUAUACUGCUGCAGCUGCAUACUUUAAAGAUGAUCCAGAGGUUAAGCUUGCUGCUGUCGAUUGUACAGUGCACAAUAGUCUUUGUACUGCUUAUGAUGUCAACAGCUACCCAACUUUUAUAUAUUUCAAUUUCUACAAUGUUGAAAAGCCUUAUGAUGGAAGUCGCACUAAACAUGAUUUCAUAAAGUACAUGGAGGCUGCUAUUGAAAGUUUAAAUCCUAAAACUGCAACACCGCCAGCACAUCCUGACAAGUUUUGGUCAGAAGUUGCUCAUGGAGAGCGUGUUCAUUAUUUAAAGGAUUCUACAUUCCAUGAAGUUCUUAAAUCUAAGCCGUCAGCUCUGGUCAUGUUUUAUUCACAUUGGAAUGCAGAGAGCAGAGAAUUGAGGUAUAUAUUUGCUGAAGCUGCUGCUAAAAUGAAUGAGAAAAAGAUUAAUGGCUUUUUAGCUGCUGUGGAUGUAACUGUAGAAACUUCUCUUCAAAUUGAAUAUGCCAUACGUUCUGCUCCUACUGUGCACUAUUUUAGAUAUGGCGAACUCAUUAAAGAAUAUGCUGCGCCUCUCACAGUAGAUGAUAUUGUACAGUACAUGAAAAACCGAUUAGUAAAAGAAGAGUUAUAAAAUGCUCAUGUGUGAUGUCCACUUCAUAAUGUCAAUCCAUGACUCAAACUUACAAUUCAUUGUUCCAUGUACAGUUUUUCCAAAAAUAUGAAUGUUGAUGUUUGACGGAUCUCUUCCUCUGUGAUCAUUUUUUUUUGGUGCAAAGUUUAUAUUCCUUUUCCUUUUAAUUUUCUGGGGUAUUGUUUGGUAGUAUCAAUUUAAUGAGAACAAAUCAUGAAGACAGCUCUACUUAGUUUAAGGAAAUGCUCUUUCUACUCAAAUAUUAUUAGUUGUUUUUUUUAAAAUUUAGUUCUGAUUUUUAUGUGUACCUGAUUUUAAAGCUGUCUUUUUAACAGAAGAUUGGAAAUAUUUUUAUACCAAUUUAUAAUGCCAACUGUUCUACAAAUUACAUUUGUUUUGUAAAUAAAACUGGUUUUCCUAUU